UCCAGCUGCAGAGAAUAAAAUUUUGUAGCACUGAGACAAAGGAUAGUUUAAAAAAAAAACCACAUAGAUAGAUUUGUUUGAUUUUUUAUCUCCGCCUUACGUUUACCGACAUGAUUCUGCUGGAAAUCAAUAACCGGAUUAUAGAAGAGACGCUGUCUCUGAAAUUUGAUGGUGCAUCUAAUGGAAACAAACCUGAGGCUGUGGAAGUCACUUUUGCUGACUUUGAUGGUGUCCUCUACCAUAUUUCCAAUCCUAACGGAGACAAAACUAAAGUCAUGAUCAGCAUCUCACUCAAGUUUUACAAGGAACUGCAGGAGCACGGUACAGAUGAGCUAUUGAAGAGGGUAUAUGGGAAUUUCCUUGUGGCACCUGAGUCAGGAUACAAUGUCUCCCUGCUCUUUGACCUGGAAGCUCUCCCAGAGAACAGGGCGGAGGUCGUUCACCAGGCCGGCAUGCUGAAGAGGAACUGUUUCGCCUCCGUCUUUGAGAAAUAUUUCAAGUUUCAGGAAGAAGGAAAGGAGGGGGAACAAAGAGCUGUGAUUCAUUACCGUGACGACGAGACCAUGUAUUUGGAGGCGAAGAAGGACCGCGUGACCGUGGUCUUCAGCACGGUGUUUAAAGACGAUGAUGACGUGAUCAUUGGAAAAGUCUUCAUGCAGGAGUUUAAGGAAGGGAGGCGCGCCAGUCAAACAGCUCCACAGGUCUUGUUCAGUCACAGGGAGCCUCCGUUGGAGCUGAAGGACACAGACGCUGCCGUCGGGGACAACAUCGGCUACAUCACGUUUGUGCUGUUCCCGCGUCACACUAACGCCAACACCAGAGACAACACCAUUAACCUCAUUCACACGUUCAGAGACUACCUGCAUUACCACAUCAAGUGUUCUAAGGCCUACAUUCACACACGCAUGAGGGCCAAGACGUCAGACUUUCUGAAGGUUCUGAACCGAGCCCGACCCGACGCUGAGAAGAAGGAGAUGAAAACCAUCUCCGGAAAGACCUUUUCUCGUUAACAAACAUUCCCCUCCGGCCGUGGAGCCUGCUUGGUUGCGAUUCUCCGCCUCUGCCCACGCGACAGACCGGAUCAAAGGCCUUCCCAGCCGAUGUUUUCAUUUCAAGAGCGGAAAGAAAAAUUCUGAAAAUCAAGGGCAUUCCUUGCUUUGAGUAGAUGAGAGAAUUAUUAGAUGGCUAUAAAUAUAUGAACAUAUCUGUAUAAAAUGAUUAAAUUUUGAUACAAUGUCUUUUCCUCUGGAAGUUUGUUACUCCUUUGUGUCGUGCUGAUGUCCCUAAUCUCCUCUCUCUGAGUUGGUGGAAAGAUCUCCAUCAUGUUGUUUUCAUGUCCAUUCCUUAAGAUGCCAUUCCAGCAGCACAUGGUACAUCAGAAAAUAAAACU